AUGACUAUCGAGGAAUAUGACUUUUCCAAAGAGUUCAAGAAAAUAUACAUUUCGAAACAGAGACCUGCUCCGGACCCUGUCGCGGCAGACAUGAAAGUCCGCCUUCAAAGCCUUCCUGCCCUAGGCCAAGUGACACAGGCGGAAGGCGGCCAGCUCACGCUCACGGCAGUCCUCGAAGUGCCGCAGGACCAGGCUCAGGAAUCUUGGCAGGUCUCUUUGUGGUGGUUCGCGCUCGUGCGCCUUUGGGCGCCGUGGCUGGCCCCGCGACAGGGCAAGGAUCACCUACGUCUCGACCAAGACGCUGUCAUGUGUUCCUUCAUGAGUCCACAGGGGAAAACCGUCACACUUCUCGCCUUUGGCGGCGUAGGCAAUGUGUUGAGUACUUUACGCCAUACCGACAAGGGUGGCGUCUCUGCUCAUGUGAGAAACGACGGAACAUCAAGCGAGCGUGCCGUCAUCCUUGUUUCAGAGGGCACUGAUUUUGACCGCACCGUUGCAUCUGUAAUGUAUCACGCAAGAAGUAUCGUCUCGAAAAUCAAGCAUUCAGAUGUCGCUUGGGACGCCGAGCUCAAGACCUUGACCGAACAGGUCAAGCCAGAGUGGAAACAGAACUGGUACGAUGGUCUGGGAUUCUGCACAUGGAACGGACUUGGCCAGCGACUCACAGAACAAGCAGUGCUGGAUGCCGUUGGAACGCUUGCAGAGCACAAGGUGAAUGUGACGAGCCUUAUAAUUGACGAUAACUGGCAGUCGAUCGACUACAAAGGCGACGGGCAGUUCCAGUAUGGAUGGCUGGAGUUUGAAGCAGAGCCAAAGGCGUUUCCAAACGGCCUCAAAUCCAUGGUGUCCCGGCUACGAAAGCAGUAUCCAGACAUUCAGCACAUUGCGGUGUGGCAUGCUCUGCUUGGGUACUGGGGUGGCAUAUCUCGCGGAGGCAAGAUUGAUCAAGCCUACAAGACGGUUGAGGUAAUUCGGGAGGACUCCAAGCGCCGAAAUCUUCCUCUCGGAGGCAAGAUGACAGUGGUCGCCAAGGAAGACGUAGCUCGGUUCUACGACGACUUUUACCGUUUCCUGACUGAAGCCGGUGUCGACGGCGUCAAGACGGAUGCACAGUUCAUGAUUGACAUGUGGACAAGCGCGUCUGUCCGGCGGGACCUCAUCGAGACGUAUAUCGAUGUCUGGACACGAGCGUCGCUGCGAUACUUUAGCGUCAAGGCCAUCUCGUGCAUGUCGCAAUUUCCUCAGGCCAUGUUUCAUUCUCAGCUGCCGCAGGAUCGGCCGCCGCUGCUCGUGCGCAACUCGGACGACUUCUUCCCCGAGAUACCAGCGUCGCACCCCUGGCACGUGUGGGCGAACGCACACAACAGCAUCUUCAUGCAGUAUCUGAAUGUGCUUCCCGACUGGGACAUGUUCCAGACGGUGCAUGAUUAUUCGGGCUUCCACGCUGCGGCCAGGUGCGUGAGCGGCGGGCCAAUUUACAUCACCGACGUCCCAGGCAAGCAUAACAUGCAGCUUAUCGGCCAGAUGACGGGUAUCACAGCCAAGGGCAAGACAGUGAUCUUCCGGCCAAGCGUGUUGGGAAAGUCCAUGUAUCCAUAUACAGGCUACGACGACGACCUACUCUUGAAGGUUGGGAGCUAUCAUGGGGGAUCGCAAACCGGCACGGGCAUCUUGGGCCUGUUCAACAUUUCUGCCCGAUCAUUAUUGGAAAUGAUCCCUCUUGCCGAUUUCCCCGGAGUUAUGGCGGCGACCGAGUAUGUGGUCAGGGCUCAUAACACUGGCAAGGUGUCCAAGCCAGCAAAGCCCGGAGCUUCUGGCUCGCUGACGGCAAUGUCACUGGAUGUGCGAGGCUACGAGAUCCUAUGUGCCUUUCCGCUCACGUCCUACUCGGGACUCAAGCACAAGGACGGACGCACAUGCACUCUUGGUCUGGUCGGCAAAAUGACUGGCUGUGCGGCCAUUGUGGGCAGCAGCGUCCGCCAGCGAGAGAACGGGAGGGUGCUUGCUACGACUCGGCUCAAGGCCUUGGGCGUCCUGGGUGUCUACGUUUCAACGCUGCCCGACAUGACAUUAGACGGCGACUUCAUGGCAACCAUGCAGGACAAGCCGGUUCCACGACACUGCGUGAGCAUAUCGCGUCAAUCGGAGUGCGUGUUGGAGGUGGACGUCGAGGCAGCGUGGAACGAGAUGGGCCUAGACAGCGGGCGGGGUGACGAGGUGGAGGUGACGGUCACGUUUGACACAUGA